UCAAUCGACUUGCUGAGCCGAGUUACUCAGUGCACAGUCUACUAGCACAUAUGGAAAUACUGUGCUAGCGCCCAUAUGGUUGCAGUUUCCAGCCCUAGGUCUGCCGAGGGGCACAGUGCCCCUCUUCUCCGAGGACCGGAGCGCGGCAGAACUCUUAUGCGUGUGACGCAACUUACAAACAAAUGUUUGAGCCAAGUUGAUAAAUAGGUAAAAAAGGCCAAUUGAGGAGGCAUAAAGCGACACAUGCUUUAUAGAUACAAUCAUUACAAGAGAUAACUCCCCCUCGCUAUAUUUCUGCGGUAUCAUUGCCGCCAUGGGGCUUCCCGAUCCCACCAUUGACCUCGACUGGAGUGGCUACAUCGGGGCUAUUCAUGAAAUAUUUCAUAAGAAUGCCUUGAAAACCCCUGAUGCGCCUUGCGUCACAGAAACGGCCUCCUCUACCACACCAGAGAGGAGGUUUACGUACAAACAGGUCUACGAGGCUUCCAAUGUCUUGGCCCACCAGCUCCGUGACGCUGGCAUCACUAAUGGCGAUGUCGUAAUGAUUUUUGCCUACCGUUCCGUCGAACUCCUCAUUGCAUUCAUGGGAACUCUCGCCGCCGGCGCUACCGUCACCGUCCUAGACCCCGCGUACCCCCCGGCACGCCAGCAGAUUUAUCUUGAAGUGUCUCAACCACGGGCCCUGAUCGAGAUCGGAAGAGCCAAGGAUGAGAAUGGCCCCCUUGCGCCGCGUGUCCAGAAUUACAUUCACGAUGAACUAUCUCUCAAGAUACGGCUACCCGAAUUGCGAAUGAGCGAUGAUGGCCACCUCACUGGUGGUGAGGUUGAUGGGAAGGAAAUCUUCACUGACGCUGCGGGCAAAGCAUCAACACCUCCAGAUGUUCUAGUUGGACCUGACUCAUCAAGUAUCCUGAGCUUUACGAGUGGCACGACAUCUACGCCUAAGGGUGUGCUAGGCAGACAUUACAGCUUAGCCAAAUACUUCCCCUGGAUGGCGGAGCAAUUUCGAUUUACAUCAAAGACAAAGUUCGCUUGUUUAAGCGGCAUAAGCCAUGACCCCAUACAGAGAGACUUCUUUACUCCCCUUUUCCUCGGAGCCGAGUUGAUGAUUCCGGCUCGCGAGCAUAUUGCCCACGAUAGAUUAGCUAAGUGGUUCCAUGACCACCAACCUAACGCAGUUCACCUGACGCCUGCCAUGGGUCAGAUCUUGGUCGGAGGGGCUACGGUAGAGUGUCCUUCUCUGCAGUGGGUGCUCUACGUCGGCGACAUAUUGACCAAGAAAGACUGCGCUGCACUCCGCAAGCUGGCGCCUAACGCAGAAAUCUGCGCUGCCUACGGUACCACCGAGACGAGCCGCAGCGUCUCUUACUACCAAAUUAAGAGCCGCACCGAAGACCCGGACGCAUUGGAUAGAUUUGGCGAUAUCGUCCCUGCUGGAAAGGGCAUACAGAAUGUCCAGCUCUUCAUCGUCAAUCGGGAGGAUCAUACCAAGCUUUGCGGCGUUGGCGAAGUUGGCGAGAUUAUGAUGAGAGCAGCGGGUUUAGCCGAGGGAUAUCUGAAUGAUCCAGAGAAGACCAAGGAAAAGUUCCUCGACAACUGGUUUGUCGACAAUAAAGUCUGGGUUGAGGCUGAUAACAAAGUUGCUGAUCAUGCCAACGAGCCGUGGAGGAAGUAUUACAAGGGCCCGCGCGAUCGGAUCUACCGAACUGGCGAUCUUGGGUAUUAUCUUGAUGAUUCUGGUAACUGCGCCAUUUCGGGCAGGGCUGACAGUCAGAUCAAGAUUCGUGGCUUCCGCAUCGAGCUCAAUGAAAUUGAUAGCAACUUAAGAGGGUACCAUCUGGUCCGCGAAUGCAAGACGCUGCUUCGUAGGGAUCGGAACGAAGAGCCAACAUUGGUCAGCUACAUUGUCCCUGAACUUCAAGAGUGGACAAAGUGGCUGGCAGACCAUGCCUUAGAAGACAUCGAGGAAGAGGGCACCGAGAUUGGACCCGUCAUCGUGUAUCCGAAGCGCUUCAGGCCGAUGCAAAUGGAGGUCCGGGAUCAUCUUCGAUCUAGGCUGCCAGCUUAUGGUGUCCCGACUUACUUCAUCUACCUCAAUAAGAUGCCUUUGAACCCCAACGGCAAGAUAGACAGUCCGAACUUGCCAUUCCCAGACGCUGCAUUGAUCUCGGAGGAGGCAUCAGAGGAGGAUCUGAAGAGAUGGGAAGCCUUCAGUAACACCGAGAAGGAAAUGGCGGAGCAAUGGGCGGUGCUCAUCGUUGGCUUGAACGCCAGGACUCUUCGACCUGAGUCGGAUUUCUUUGAGAGCGGUGGGCAUAGUCUGCUGGCACAGCAGCUUCUUCUCAAUAUCAGGAAGAAUCUUGGCGUCAACGUAUCUAUCAGCUCACUCUACUCUGAUUCGUCUCUAAAGGCGCUCAGCACACAAGUUGACCGCCAGCGUGAAGGCAAGGAUGAUUCGGGCGUGACGGAGGAUGGCGAGCCUGCAUAUGCCCAGGCCUUUGACAAACUGCUUGGCAGCCUCGAUUCCAAGUACCAGACAGCGAACCCUGCGGCACUUUCACCGACGGGUAAGACUACCGUCUUCGUGACCGGCGCCACAGGGUUCCUGGGCUCUUACAUAGUCAAAGAUCUGCUGAAGCGCGAGGGCAUCAGCGUAAUCGCUCAUGUCCGCGGGACUAAGAGCGUUCAGGCCGCCCUCGAGCGACUCCAGAGGUCACUUCGCGGAUACGGUGUAUGGGAGGAUUCUUGGAGCACCAGGCUGAGUGCAGUUAUUGGUGACCUGUCGCAGCCGCGCCUAGGACUUGACGACAAGACAUGGAACGAAGUUGGCGACGCUGCUGACGUGGUUAUCCAUAACGGCGCCCUAGUUCACUGGGUGAAACAGUACAAGGACCUCGAGCGUAGCAACGUCUUAUCAACGCUUGAUGCCCUCCGCCUUUGUAACCAGGGCAAGCCUAAGCUUUUCUCAUUCAUCAGCUCGACGAGCGUUCUAGACACAGAUCAUUAUAUCAAGCUAUCGCACGAGCAGACUAGCACGGGACAAGGACAGCUUAUGGAAGCAGAUGACAUGAUGGGUAGCCGCCUUGGUCUUGGCACUGGGUACGGCCAAUCUAAAUGGGUUUCGGAACAGCUCGUCCGCGAGGCUGGAAGACGCGGCCUUCUCGGGUCUAUCGUACGCCCUGGCUACAUCCUUGGAGACGCCGCCACUGGAGUAUGCAACAACGACGACUUCCUCAUCCGCAUGCUCAAGGGCUGCAUCCAGCUCUCCAGCCGCCCGCGCAUCAUCAACACAGUAAACGCCGUGCCCGUAGGCCACGUAUCCACCACCGUCGUCGCGGCCAGCUUAAACCCCGUCCCGGCCGAGACUCCAAACAGUAGCGGCGGCGACAUCGGUGUUCACGUCGUCCACAUCACUGCUCACCCGCGCCUCCGCAUGAGCGAAUAUCUCUCCAUCCUAAGCUACUACGGCUACGACGUGCCUGAGGUGGACUACAACGACUGGAAGGCCCAGCUCGAGACCUUUGUCUCUGCCGGUUUCGUCCAGAAGGACGAGGAACAGAGCGCCCUGAUGCCCCUCUUCCACAUGGUGACUAACGACCUUCCGUCAACCACGCGUGCGCCGGAACUCGAUGACCGCAAUGCCGUUACUGUGCUUAAGGCCGAUGCGGAUCGGUGGACGGGUGUUGAUGAGAGCGCCGGCGAGGGCAUUAGCAGGGAGGCUGUUGGGCGCUUUUUGAGGUACCUGGCCGAGACCAAGUUCUUGGCUUGGCCGACUGGUCGCGGCAGAGAACUGCCUGCCAUCAAGGUGGAUGUUGUACAGGCACAGGCGCAAUGGGGUGUUGGUGGGCGUGGUGGUGUGGCAUGAGGAUAAAGAAGGUGAUAUACGACAAUGAGUGAAUAUGUUGUGCAUAGAGGUAUGGGGGGAAAAGGUGGAAAAUGUUGUUAAAAGUUUAUAUCAUAUUUAUAUAUUUACAUACUUUCACGCUUAUCCUGAUCAAUAUAUGCUCUUAGAACUCCUAAAA